UCGACGUCUCUCUCUCACGUUUCCGUUUAAAAAACCCUAACCCACCUCCAUCUCUCUCUGUCUAAAACUCUCUCUCUCUCUCUCUCUCUCUCUCUCUCUAGAAGAUCAUAUAUCAUCUUCUUCCCUCUCUUCAGUCAUGUCUUGCUACAAGGGAAAGUACCAUGAUGAGCUCAUUGCCACUGCAUCCUACAUUGGCACCCCUGGAAAGGGUAUCCUUGCUGCUGAUGAGUCCACUGGCACUAUGGGCAAACGUCUUUCCAGCAUUAAUGUCGAGAAUGUUGAAUCAAACAGGCAGGCUUUCCGCGAGCUCCUAUUCACAACUCCCGGUGCUCUUCAAUACCUCUGUGGAGUGAUUCUCUUCGAGGAAACCCUUUAUCAGAAGACAGCUGCAGGUAAGCCCUUCGUUGAGGUGCUCAAGGAAGGUGGUGUCGUGCCUGGAAUCAAGGUGGACAAGGGUGUUGUCGAGCUUGCUGGAACCAAUGGUGAGACCACCACCCAAGGUCUUGAUGGCCUUGGCCAGCGCUGCGCGAAGUACUAUGAAGCCGGUGCUAGGUUUGCCAAAUGGCGUGCUGUACUCAAGAUUGGUCCCACCGAACCAUCUCCACUUGCUAUCAUGGAAAAUGCUAAUGGUCUGGCUCGAUAUGCCAUCAUCUGCCAGGAGAAUGGCCUCGUCCCCAUUGUUGAGCCUGAGAUCCUGGUAGAUGGCCCUCACGACAUUAACAAGUGUGCCGAUGUCACAGAACGUGUUCUUGCAGCGGUUUACAAGGCUUUGAACGACCACCAUGUCCUCCUUGAGGGAACUUUGUUGAAGCCCAACAUGGUGACCCCUGGAUCGGAGGCUCCCAAGGUUGCACCCGAGGUGGUUGCAGAGUGCACAGUCCGUGCCCUUCAGCGGACAAUGCCAGCUGCUGUUCCUGCUGUGGUGUUUUUGUCUGGUGGGCAGAGCGAGGAGGAGGCUACCAUCAACCUUAACGCCAUGAACAAGCUCAAGACCAAGAAGCCAUGGACCCUCACCUUCUCUUUUGGAAGGGCUCUUCAGGCGAGCACACUCAAGGCUUGGUUAGGAAAGCCGGAAAACGUGCAGAAUGCUCAGGCUGCAUUCCUGACAAGGUGCAAGGCCAACUCAGAGGCAACCCUUGGAACUUACCAGGGAAGUGGUAAGUUGAGUGAGGGUGCUGCAGAGAGCCUUCAUGUCAAGGACUACAAGUACUGAGAUGGGUGAGUUUUUGCUUUCCUCCUGCUUUGUUUAUGCUUUUUCUAUGCAGAGUAUAUGGGAGUGUUGGAUAUUAGAGUGUGAGUGUGAGUGUGUGUGUUUUUUUAUCCCCAGGCAUAGUUUUAGGCUUUUUUUCCCCUCUAAUUAUAUAUCGUGAUCCACAAGUGAUUGUCGGUAAGUUUUAAUAAGCUUGAGGAACAUCAGCAUGUUGAGGUUGAUUUGAAUGGUAUGGUUAUCACAUAUUUCGGUUUCUAGACUAUUAUAUAUAUUAAUGCUUUCUUAAAUUUUGGUGA